UUCGGUGUAUAAAUUAAUCACACAGAAACAGAAAUAAACGCAAACGAAAUUAUGGAUUUGAAGAAAGCAACUUCGCUUUUUUACUUUCUUCUCUGUCUCCACCUGCAACACCACUUUGCUCACGCGAUCUCGCGAUCUUCUACCUCCGUUGAUCCAAACCAUGACGAUCUUCCGGUUCAGCCUGUCGAAUUGAAGCCGGACGGUGACUUAAUCGCCGCCAAUUUAACGGAAUUAGCAGUCGUUAAGAAAGGAGGCGGAGGUGGAGGCAGAGGCGGAGGCGGCUUCGGCGGAGGAGGACGCAGUUUCGGUGGAGGAGGGAGUUCUAGCAGAGGCGGAGGGGGGAGUUCUAGCAGAGGCGGAGGAGGGAGUUCUAGCAGAGGCGGAGGGAUACGUCCGAUUCCGAUUUAUGGCGGUGGUUCGCACCGCGGUGGUCACCAUUCAAGCGGCGGCCGGGAAAUUGCUAGCGGUUGGUUAGGUUUAUCGAUUUUAGCCGGUUUGGUUUUGGUUUUCUAGGUCUUCUUAUUUGAUUUACCGGUUUAGGUUAAAUGUUUGAUGCCGGUUUCGCUUUCCACUUGUUUGCUCUCAUAUACAGUAUAAGUUUUAAUAUUAGCUUUCAAUUUGGGAAAAAAUUUGAGGAUUUCCUGAAUUUAUUAGGUUUUAAUCGAGUCAAUUAGCGUUUCUCUAAUAACUAGUAAACGUUGACCAAAAUUGUUAAGUCAACGACAAGUUGAGGAUUAUAUUUGUGCAUAGUUGGAGAAUAAUUGUGUUAAUUGUGUUAUCAGUCAAUUUAACGGAAGUCGGAAAAUAAUCUUAGCCGGUUUGGUUUUGGUUUUCUAGGUUUUCUUAUUUGAUUUACCGGUUUAGGUUAAAUGUUUGAUGCCGGUUUCGCUUUCCACUUGUUUGCUCUCAUAUACAGUAUAAGUUUUAAUAUUAGCUUUCAAUUUGGGAAAAAAUUUGAGGAUUUCCUGAAUUUAUUAGGUUUUAA